GAAAUAAAUCAAAAAUGAAACUCAGCGGCUAUUGAAAGUGCUGAGCAGCUCCCACCCACAGUUCAGGUUCCCAGCCAUAGGUGUGAAGAGCUCCUGACUCGUAAACCGUGUAAAACAAAGGCAGAAAUCACUGAGCAGCAAACAGCCCAACAGAUUGGUGCCAUUACAAGAAUUCACAAGGGUUGAGUCAGAGUUUGGUCAUAACAAGCCUUGAAUACCUAUUGGAACUGUGAAGGAAAGCCACAAUGCGGUGUCUGGUGAUGCUGACUGUGGUGCUCUGCUCUUUCUGCACUGUGGAGGCUAUAUCUCGCUCCAAGGCCUUGCUGAUGAGUGUGGGUGCAGGUGGUGCUAUAGUUGGUGCGAGGAGUUGCAUUACUGCACUGGGCUUCACCAGUUCUGGCAUAAAAUCCGGCUCCUGGGCCUCAACAUUAAUGUCCACAGUCACAUAUCUCAAUGGAGGAAGAAUACCACCUGGAAGCUUUGUAACUACACUUGAAUCUAUUGGAACUUCAGGAUUCUCCAUUGAAACCAAAAUAAUCUUGGGAUUCAUCGGUGGGAUCUUGGCCAUUUUCAUCACCAAUAAGUUGAAUAUUUUUUGAACAAUUACUGCUGUCGUGUUCUGCCAGGACCAUAGAUAAAUGUGAUGGGAAUAUAUUGUUCUGUCAAGAUAUAUUUACCAAAGGUAAAUAUGGUGAGAAAAUAUAUGUGAGACAUUCUCUUUAUUUAAGGACAAUAAAAUUUUAACAUGUACUGGAUUUCUACUGAAA